CCAAUGCCGCGGACAACAAAAACAUCAAAUAUGAGAGACGGUGAGGGUCCGUUUGUAAAAGAUCCUAGAUGUUUGCGAAAAAAAAACUGUCGACCAUGCUGAGAGUACUCCUAAUCAACAAAUCGUCGAACACUUGCCAAGUCGAGGCAGGAGAAGCUAGCUAGGCAGGAAGGAAGCAAAGCGCCAAUAAAGGUUGAGGAGACAGAGAAACGUGCACACAAUUAAUAAGAAAUCUAUCUAUCCCACUCUGCCGACUGCCGACGACGACGGACUGCCGCCGUGUGCCGACGAGCCGACAGCCGAUCGAGCGCAGGGCAAGAAUUAUGCAGCAGGAUCAGACGACGAGCUCGCUGCCCUCCAGCAGCGAGCGCUCCUCCAGCUCAGCGCCGCAGACGGAUCAGGAGACCAGGGAAGGCACGCGCUUCCACACAACACUACUUGCUUCUCCAUGACCAUCUCUCUCUCACUUACUCAAGUCUGUUUCUUCAAGCAUGCAUGUGCUUCUGACUUUUGCUUGUUCUAGGUUCAUCACUUCGUUUGAAAAAGGAUUCUUUGUUGGUCUUCGGUUUUCCUUUCCUCUUUCGAAGGAAAAAAAAAGACUUUUUUCGAUGGAGAGCGACGAGGAGAUCAGGAGGGUGCCGGAGGUCGGGCUGGAGCUGGCCGGCCCGUCGACGUCCGGCAGGGAGACGACUGCGGCUGCGGGCACGGCGGCGGGCGCUGCCGGGACGUCGUCCGCGUCGCAGGCGGCCACCAGCGCCGCCCGCCGCCGCGGCCGUAGCCCCGCCGACAAGGAGCACCGGCGCCUCAAAAGGUUGCUUCGGAACCGGGUGUCGGCGCAGCAAGCACGGGAGAGGAAGAAGGCGUACCUGAGCGAGCUGGAGGUGAGGGUCAAGGACCUGGAGAAGAGGAACUCAGAGCUGGAGGAGAGGCUGUCCACGCUGCAGAACGAGAACCAAAUGCUUAGACAGAUACUGAAGAACACCACUGUAAACAGAAGAGGCCCAGGUGGCAGCAGUGCUGGUGGAGAUAGCCAAUAGCUGUCGGAACCGGUUGCAUUUUGAAGAAAAUUUAAUUAAAGCAAGGAAAUACCGCUUGAGAGCUAGUACUAGUAUAAGUUUGUAUUGGCUGUUGCCAACAUGUAAUUCGGCGCUCCGUCUUCGUGUACGCAAGGCGGCGUGGACGCAGUGCAGUAGUCCGUGGAGUACUGUAACUAGGUUUGUCUGAAUUCUGAAUUUCUGUGUCACCUGUACGGCUGUACAAACGUGCAGAUCUUGUGAACUUCAGAUGACACAUUUUAGUUAGUGUUAUUGAUCCUUGAUGGAACACCGUUGCUAUAAAACUGAAAAUAAAAAAAAAUCAGCAUUGCUAUUUGU